GGAGAGGUGGUCUCGGGAAAGCUGGCUCCCAGACCCCACCGGGAGACCGCCAGGUGUCCCCCCAGAGAGUCGGGGUCUCCGCCUGUCCUUCCACUCUGUCCCCAGUGCGCAUGCCUCCCGCUCACAAGUGCACCCAGGUUGUGCUCAAGGCGGACGGACUCAACGAGGACGAGGUGACCGUAGAGGGCACUGGGACCUGGCCCACAGGACGAGAGGGUCGACGGCUGCCAUCACCACUUCAGGCCGGGCCAUGGACCCACAAGAGACGGUCGUCAAGAACCCCUAUGCCCGAGUCAGCAUCCCCCGGGCUCACCUGCGGCCCGACCUGGGGCAGCAGCUGGAGGUGGCUCCCUCUUCCCAGGGGUCGCAGCCUCUGCCUGCGGGGUCCUGCCCCUCAGAGCCCACCCGGCUCCUGCAGCCCACCGAGGAGGCUCCAGAGGGCAAAGGCGCCAAGGGGACCAAGGGGGCUGCCCAGAUCCAGGGCCAGCAGGUCUGGCCGCAGCCCGGCAACCCCCACGGGAGUGGGCAGCGCCCGGCAGCACUGACCUACGCCGGCCGGCCGCCCAUCGGGCGUGGGGACGACAUCGCCCACCACUGCUGCUGCUGCCCUUGCUGUCCCUGCUGCCACUGCCCUCGCUUUUGCCGCUGCCACAGCUGCUGCACCAUCUUCUAG